AUGUCUAUCGACGCCCCAAGUCUCCGUGGCGCAUUACACUCAAUAUCCCGAUAUCUAUUCCGCCUUAUUGCGUUCCGCGUGCGGCCGCCUCGAUCGAAAAUCCCCUCGUAUGCGCCGCGUUCGCGCCAGGAUUCGACAACUUACUAUCGAUUAGUGUCGAACUUCACCACGCUUUUAGAAAGUUUUAGACGAAAAGACGAUCGCUAUUCUGCCUGUAAAAGGGGCCAGGAGGGCGACGAGCUAGACGGAGAGCUAGCUAGAGCUGAAAAGACGAAAGGCAUCCUCUUAGAGAAACGGCUUCUUGCUGCGCUGGUGUGCGGCGCAAUCGCCGCGGCGGAGGCGUACGGCGACGUCGCCGGGGAAGUGGGCGCUGGCCUGAGGCUGCCGUUUCUGGGCAAGAUAAGCCUCGGGCUGGACGGCGACCUGGGCUUCGACGGGGGCCUGUUCGGCCUCGGCAAGGGCCUUAUCAAGGGGCUCAUCAACAGAGUCGGAUUCAGGCUUCUUAAUGCCGUAGCGGGG